AUGCUUGUUACAUCAAAUAUGUAUCAAGAAGGCAUUCCAUUUCUCCAAAUUCAAGCCGUUAUUAAUGAUCAUCACGAAGUAAAAGCUAUUCUAGAAGACAUCAUUUAUGCUCACAAAAUUAUCGCCGUUCACAUUCAUGAAGUUAUCGCUGCUCAUGUUCACAAAGUUAUACUUCUCAUAGAUCAAAAUAUUACACUCAUUCAAAAUAUAGAAAAAAAUGAUGAUCAUAAUUAUAAUAAUAAUCGAUUAAAAACUCCUAUCCAAGAAGAAAGUCAAUUAGAUAACCUAAUAUGCAAAGAAAAUGGCCAAUUAGAAUCUUCCAAAAUUAGCUAA